AUGAAGUCCAUUAAAAUCAUAGCCUUUCUUUUGCUCAUAGUUGCUGGCACAGCUUCGGCCCAAAAUAGGAACAACACCAAAUGCCCAUUUCAAUUCUUGUACCACUUUGGCGACGCAAUAUCCGAUACCGGAAACUCCGUUAGGGUUCUCCCUCUCCUCCCACCCACACGUAGCCCUUACGGAGUCACUUUUCCCGGAAGCCCCACCGGGCGUUGGUCCAACGGACGUGUCGAUGUUGACUACGUGGCUGAUGCUGUUGGUCUGCCCAACAUUGUACCAUACUUGUCGAUGUAUGAUUCUAGAAGCUACGAUGGAGUCAUAUUUUCAGUAGCAGGAAGCACGGCUCUUAAUACAUCGUUUUUUGAAUCAGGGGGCAUUUCUACUCCACCAUAUGAUAUUCCUCUUGACACUCAAUUAAAUUGGUUUAGAUCAUAUCUCCAAUCAAAUUGCGCUAAUCAAACAGAGUGUGCAAAGAGGCAACCCUCAAAUUCAGCUGUAUUAUUUGAAUUCUCCGAACUAAACGACAUCGGCUACGCGUUGGUCCAAGGCAAAUCCAUCCAAGAAGUAACAAACUACGUCCCACUUUUAGUUGAGGCCCAAAUCAACGCUGCAAGAGAGGUGAUCAAAUUGGGUGCGACGCGGGUAGUAUACACCACAGCCGCCCCUCUAGGCUGCUAUCCCUACAUUCUAACGGCGUUAACUACCAAUGACACGUCAGCCUACGACGGACUAGGAUGUUUGAGGGCGGUGAACAGCAUCGCCGUCAAGUUCAACGCUAAUCUCACGGCAUCUUUCCUCGCUCUGAAAGUAGAAUUUCCAAGUGUCAAUAUUUUGCCUGCCGAUUACUACGCAACUCUGAGAGUGCCAAUCAAUUUCAAAACCCCAAUUCUAGCUUCAGCCAAAAAUAGUAAAUGCCCAUUUCAUAUAUUGUACCGCUUUGGCGACGGAAUAUCCGAUAACGGGAAUUCCGUUAGGGUUCCGCCAUUUGGGCCUAUUCUCCCACCCACACGUGACCCUUACGGCGUCACUUUCCCCGGCUAUCCUACUGGCCGUUGGUCUGACGGCCGUCUCGAGAUCGACUACGUGGCUAAAGCUGUUGGCCUGCCCAACAUUGUACCAUACUUGUCGAUUGAUGCUUCUAGAAGCUACGAUGGAGUCGUAUUUUCAGUAGCAGGAAGCACAUCUCUUAAUGCUUCAUUUCUUGAAUCAAGAGGAAUUGGUGUCCCACCUUUUCAUAUUCCUCUUGACACUCAAUUGACUUGGUUUAGAACAUUUCUCCAAUUAAAUUGCACUAGUCAAACAGAGUGUGCAAAGAGGCAUCCCUCGAAGUCUUCUAUAAUUAUCGAAUUCGCUGAGCUAAACGACAUCGGCUAUGCAUUAGUCCAAGGUGAAUCCAUCCAAGAAGUAACAAACUACAUCCCACUCAUAGUCGAGGCCCAAAUCAACGCUGCAAGAGAGGUGAUCAAAUUGGGUGCGACGCGGGUAGUAUACACCACAGCUGCCCCUCUAGGCUGCUAUCCCUACAUUCUAACGGCGUUAACUACCAAUGACACGUCAGCCUACGACGGACUAGGAUGUUUGAAGGCUGUUAAUAACGUCGCCGUUAAGUUUAACAAGAAUCUCCUUUUAUCUUUACUUGCUCUACAAGCGGAAUUCCCCAAUGUUCAAAUAUUACCGACGGAUUACUACGAAACUGUGAUAGCACAAAUCAAACUCAAAAUGCCACUAGCCUUCAACGCCGACAACCCCAUCCGGCAGCUACGCCGCCCCUCCUCCGGCCUCACCGAGUUCGGUGACUUCAACUACAAAAUCAAUUGCCCGAGUUUCCGAGUUGGGGUAGAGGCCAACAACCUCCGCGACUGGGACACUAUCCCUAGCUAUUGCAAGAACUACAUCAAAACCUACCUCACGAAGAACCAGUGGAGCCUCGACGUUGAGGCCCUCGCUAACGAGGCCUUUGAGUACGCCGCGACCUUCGAACAGGAUGCCUACCUCAAUUACUGUUGGGUGUUUGAUGUCGAAGAAACCCUCCUUAGCAACCUCAACUACCUUGCUAGCUCCGAUAUCCUUGAUUAA